AUGGCGCCCGACGCUAACGAGGAGGUCUACGUGCCCCUGUGGAGGCUCUGGCCGCGUCAGGAAUGCCUCACGGUCUCGUUCCCGGACGAGCUCGCCCUCCAGAUCAAGAUCCCGCUCGACUUCAUCCGUCUCGGCGGCGACAACACCUUGCGCUUCGUGCAGGAGGUCGCGCAGAUGCUUGUCGAAGGAGAAGGAGUUUUGCGCGAUUCGGCCAAUAUCGACGAGGCGCUCGAUCUCGAGAAGGAGCCGAAAGAGGCGCUGUACCGCUUCGUUCCAGCCAACCCUGGAGUUGCCUUCAAGGAGGCGCGUGGUCCCGAAAGCGUGCACUCGCCUGGCAGCGCACCGCCAGGCUACGUCGACUUGGAUGACCAGACAGAGAGUGAGCCCUCUCGCCAAACGGAUGACCAGAGCAACUUCCGCGAGAGGCUUUUGAUCCGCGACGGGUUCUGCCCGUUCAGCUUCAAGCGCGGAGAAAAUUGCGAUGCCGCACACCUCGUUCCCGCCGCCCGCACCGAUGUGUACGAAAAGCUGCUCGGUACCGCCGCACCGUACGAAGUCGCCUUCGGUCUGCUCCUCUCGCCCAACCUGCACAGGUCAGACCGCUACGUCUGGUCGAUGCACUACCAGAACGGCCGCUACUUCUUCCACUGCUUCGACUACAUGGAUGACGAGGCUGCUCAACUCCACGGCAAGUCGUACGCACGCGCGGACAUGCGCGUCUCGAAGGAAGACGACGAGAGCGACUAUCCGGAUACCGAGCUGUGCAGGUGGCACUACCGCCUGUGCGUCCUCAUGCGCGUUCGCGGGUACGCUGUCGACAUGGCGAUCAAUCUGUGA